CAGGGUUCAUAUCUGCAAAUAUAGAGAGCUGGAACCCAAGUCUCUGUACCAUUUUUUUUCUCCCAAAUCUGUCAAUAGAUAGGCUUAUAUUUCAAGCUAAAAAACAUUGAGAAGCCUGAAAUAUGUCAGUCACCGUUUAUCAGAAUUAUCUAAAAAUCUCUUUAUGAGAAUAUUUUUCCCCAUUAAACUAUGGUUUUGGUUUGCAUUAGUAUGUUGAAUAUCUUAAACACCUGUUUCAAGAAGACUCAAAAGAAAUUAUCUUGUAUUCAGUUCAAGUUUCCUGUUUGUUCUUUGCUUCUUCACAAAGGUCUCUGUAAACCUAAGGAGCAAAUUCACAAGUUGAAUAGAGAUACCAAAGAUAACUUCAAUGGAUAAAACGAUCACUUUUCUUUACCUGCAUGAAAAGUUAUCUUUUCCUCUUCACACACAAAGCCACACAUAUACAUACAAACACAGACGCAAAUUAAGACACACCAAAUAUUUAUAUUUACUCUUUUUAACAUUUUCACCCACUUUUUAGUCAAAAAAAAAACAUUUUCACCCACUUUGACAUCUCUUUUACCAUAACAUUAUGCCUCCUUUCCGUUUUAACAUUCCUUUCUUCUCCUACGGCUCUCCUUCUCGUCCCUCUUCAUCAGGGACUUCUUCCCCAUCACCACCCCCACCUCCUCCUACUUCUUCCCGCCCUCCUUUUCGCCCUGGUGGCAUCGCUCAUCCGUCAAAGCCAGCCACGUCGCAAGAAACAAAGCCCAAGGUGUCACCUUCGCUUUCUAGGUCUAAAAGCAAUGUUGCGGCCACUGCAGCUUUUUCUUCUGCGUCUCAGUUGCCAUCCCGAGGCGCAGCCACGCCUUCCCGGCUGGCGAAACAGAGUAACCAAUCUGGUUCUCCGGUGAAGAAACCUGAGUCUCUGAGGGCAGAGGAGCAAAAGGUGGCGAUGAAAGAUAAAUCAUCAAGAGAAGUUAGAAAAGAAGCUGGUGAGAACAGCAAUCCGGUAGUAGAGAAGCCUCCGGCUGCACGUUCAGAACAAAAAGAAGCUCAGGAGCAGAGAAGGAGAGAAGUAGAGAAACUUGCAGUGGUAGAUAGGGAUUCAAAACCAGCUCAGGAACAGCAGAAGAGCAAAGAAACCGUGAAACUUGCACCGGAAGAAAAGAAGAAAGGUCUUAGUAAGGAUAUGGAAGAGAGAACUAAAACAGCUCAGGAACAGCUGAAGAGCAAAGAAACCGAGAAACUUGCAGUAGAAGAAAAGAAGAAGGGUUUUCAAAAGGACACUGAAGAGAAAACAAAAACAGCUCAAGAAACGGAGAAACUUGCGAUGGAAGAAAAAGAAAAAGUUAUUCAAAACCACAUGGAAGAGAAUUCAAAGACAUCUCAAGAACAACAGAGGAGAAAGGAAACCGAGAAACUUGCGGAUCAAGAAAAGAAGAAAGUUAUUCGCAAUGACAUGGAAGAGAAUUCAAAAGCAGCUCAAGACCAACAGAAGAGCAAACUUGCAGCGCAAGAAAGACAUACAGCUCUUAAAACGAUGGGAACAGAAGAUGCGACGCAAAGCAAAACCACACAAAAUAUCACCGCAGCAAAAGAAGGAUCAUCUUCAAUGAGCAGAAAGAUCAAAGAAGACAUCAGAGACGGACUAAGCAAGCUUACUUGGGGAAAAAGCAACGGUGACAACGAGAAAUCCGUGAGUGUCUUCACUCUAACAGGCGAAAACAGAGGAGCCAACAUGGCAAUAGGUUCUGAAAAAGACAAGAAAGACGGUGAGGUUCACAUCCGCCGUGGGUACAAAACUAAUCCAGACGAGAGCCCUGAGACCACAGCCACGGAGACCGAAGGAGGCACAAGACCCUACCCUAAAGACGUGGAAGAAGACGCUAGGGUUAGGGCAUACGUGAACGGAAACAGUCAGGGGGUCAACAACUCGAUUAUAUGCGAUAGUUCAGUGCAACAGAACGAUCCAGGCAUUCAUAUGAAUUUGAAGUUUGAAAAAUCAAAGGAAAAGGAUGAAACUAUUAGUCCACCGGAGAAAAAACCGGCGACGGAGAAGGUGUUGAAGUAUGAGCCGAGGGUGAGGAGGAGAUGCUUGAGAGGGUUGCUAGCAGAGUCGAGUCAGUCGGAUCCGGAGAAUCCCUUGAAGCCUAGGAGACAUGGUUGCCGCUUUACCUGUAAAGACAAAGAUAUUGAGAACACUUAAUUAUGUAAAUAUACUUUUAUUAAAUUAUGUGAAUACUUAAUUAUGUAAAUGCUCCAUUUGAUCAUUGGCAAAAGGGAACAGAACAUGGAGUAUGAGUUCUUACAAAUGUUGUUGUUUAUUCAAUGAAUCGCACCAUUGAAUGUUCAAAACGUGGAGCAUCUUUUAUUUGGAAUAACUUUAGA